AUGGCUUCGGAUUUCGGGAAUCCGCUGAAGAAGUUUAAGCUGGUUUUUCUUGGCGAACAAAGCGUUGGGAAAACAUCUUUAAUAACUCGUUUCAUGUACGACAGUUUUGAUAAUACAUAUCAGGCUACAAUUGGUAUCGAUUUCCUGAGUAAAACUAUGUAUUUAGAGGACAGAACUGUCAGGCUACAGUUAUGGGACACUGCUGGCCAGGAACGAUUUAGAUCAUUGAUACCGUCUUAUAUACGAGAUUCAACAGUAGCUGUGGUUGUAUACGAUAUUACAAAUGCAAACUCAUUUCAUCAGACGUCAAAAUGGAUUGAUGAUGUUAGAACGGAACGAGGCAGUGACGUAAUAAUUAUGCUUGUUGGCAAUAAAACGGACCUUGCGGAUAAACGGUCAGUUUCUACUGAAGAAGGUGAGAGAAAAGCUAAAGAGUUAAAUGUAAUGUUUAUUGAAACCUCCGCGAAAGCUGGAUAUAAUGUAAAACAGCUAUUUCGACGUAUUGCUGGAGCUUUACCUGGAAUAGAGCCUGAACAGAAAGAUAAACAUGAUAGUAAGUUUACUAGACUUUGGACUAUGCUUUCAAUUUCAGAAUUUUUUGUGGCUAACUGGCGUGUAUGUUUUGUUUAA